UUUGAAACGCGAUACAAAGAGAACGAAGAGAGGAGUUCGGUGUUUACCGGAGUUGUUUACAAGCAGUAAAAUAUUAUUGUGCGCAUUUACGAGAGUUGAAUUGAUAAAUAUAAUAAAAUGCCAGCAAUUGGAAUAGAUCUGGGAACGACGUAUUCGUGUGUGGGAGUAUGGCAGCAUGGCAACGUGGAAAUCAUAGCCAACGACCAAGGCAACAGAACCACACCAUCUUAUGUAGCGUUCACCGACACGGAGCGGCUGAUCGGCGAUGCGGCGAAGAACCAGGUGGCCCUCAACCCCAACAACACAGUGUUCGACGCCAAGCGCCUGAUUGGACGCAAAUUCGACGACCCGAAGAUCCAGCAAGACAUGAAACAUUGGCCGUUCAAAGUGGUCAAUGAAAGCGGGAAACCCAAAAUCGAGGUGGAGUUCAAGGGUGAGAGGAAGAGGUUUGCGCCAGAGGAGAUCAGCAGCAUGGUGCUAACGAAGAUGAAGGAGACCGCGGAGGCGUACCUUGGCGGCGCGGUGCGGGAAGCUGUCAUCACAGUGCCGGCUUACUUCAACGAUUCACAGCGGCAGGCUACCAAGGACGCGGGCGCUAUCGCCGGCCUGAACGUGUUGCGUAUCAUCAACGAGCCCACGGCCGCCGCGCUGGCUUACGGCUUAGACAAGAACCUGAAAGGCGAACGCAACGUGCUGAUAUUCGACCUCGGCGGUGGUACUUUCGACGUAUCGAUCUUGACCAUCGACGAAGGCUCAUUGUUCGAAGUGAAAUCGACUGCCGGCGACACACACCUGGGAGGCGAAGACUUCGACAACAGACUGGUGAACCAUCUCGCGGACGAGUUUAAGCGCAAGUAUAAGAAGGAUUUGCGUAUGAACCCGCGCGCGUUGCGCCGCCUACGCACGGCCGCCGAGCGCGCCAAACGCACGCUUUCUUCGAGCACCGAGGCCACCAUCGAAAUCGACGCGCUCUAUGAAGGCAUCGACUUCUACACACGCGUCUCCAGGGCUCGCUUCGAAGAGCUAAACUCCGAUCUUUUCCGCGGCACCCUGGAGCCCGUUGAGAAAGCUCUCAAGGACGCCAAGAUGGAUAAGAGCCAGAUCCACGACGUGGUGCUCGUGGGCGGGUCCACCCGCAUCCCGAAGGUGCAGAGCUUGCUGCAGAACUUCUUCUGCGGCAAGAAGCUCAACCUGUCCAUCAAUCCCGAUGAAGCUGUGGCGUACGGCGCUGCCGUGCAAGCCGCCAUCCUCAGCGGCGAAAAGGACUCCAAGAUACAGGACGUGUUGCUGGUGGACGUAGCGCCGCUGUCGCUUGGCAUCGAAACCGCCGGCGGAGUGAUGACUAAGAUUGUUGAGCGCAACUCUAAGAUCCCGUGCAAACAGAGCCAGACGUUCACCACGUAUUCCGACAACCAGCCUGCGGUCACCAUCCAGGUGUACGAAGGUGAGCGUGCGAUGACCAAGGACAACAACCUGCUGGGCACAUUCGACCUGACCGGCAUCCCGCCGGCGCCGCGCGGUGUACCGAAGAUAGACGUCACUUUCGACCUGGACGCCAACGGCAUCCUGAACGUGUCGGCCAAGGAGAACAGCACGGGCCGCAGUAAGAACAUCGUGAUUAAAAACGACAAGGGGCGGCUGUCACAGGCCGACAUCGACCGCAUGCUGUCCGAGGCGGAGCGUUACAGAGAAGAAGACGAGAAGCAACGGCAGAGGGUCGCCGCUCGCAACCAGCUGGAGUCGUACGUGUUCAGCGUGAAACAGGCGCUGGACGAGGCGGGAGACAAAUUGACCGAAGAGGACAAGAACACAGCGCGGCGUGAGUGUGAUGACGCGCUGAAGUGGCUUGACAACAACACGCUGGCCGAACGCGAGGAGUACGAACACCGUCUGACGCAGUUGCAGCGCCUCUGCUCCCCCAUCAUGACCAAGAUGCACGGCGGCGCGCAAGCCGGUCCACAGGGCGGUAUGCCAGGUGGAUAUCAGGGAGGUAUGCCAGGUGGAUACCCAGGAGGCAUGCCAGGUGGAUAUCCGGGAGGUAUGCCAGGUGGAUUUCAGGGCGGUAUGCCAGGCGGCAUGUACGGAAACCAAAACAGCGGACCCACCGUGGAGGAAGUGGACUAAAGCUAGGUCAUGUGCUUAACAUUCCAAAGAUAUAAAUAAGUUGUAAAUACUUCAAAAUUCCAAAGUCAUAAGUUAAAGACUGAUAUGUAUUUUAGCAUAAGUUAAUAAAAUAGUGGAUGAUUAUAGACGAUUGUUUUAGUAAGUUA